GUUUUCGCUUUCUGAGGAUUUUUAGUCGAUUAUUAGAUUUGUGAAAGACGGUGAAGGGGUUAGACGCGUUUUUAGAUGAAACAAGUGAUUUUUCGGCGUCUUUAGUCGAUAUGUUGAACUGUUUAUGGGUUUUAUAAGCGUACACUGUGUUAGUUGGUUAGCUUAGCUUAAAUUGAACCGUUAUUUACCUCAGCCGUUGCUAACCUGAUUUACCGGGUGUGAAUACUGAAAUAAAUACAUAUCUAUGUUUUAUUCGAUAUUUCGGAUGAAUGUUGGUAUUUAAGAACGGUUUAAUGUAGUUAAAUGUUAAUGAUCAGGUAAUAACAGGUCAUUGUAAUCAGUAAUGUUAUUCAAUGGCGGGUUGUUUGAGCGCGCGCCGCUUGUGUACAGUCGCGCUGAAGCCGGCGCGCGCUAUGGCUCUGGUGCAGGUGUCGGGGACGAGCCUCAGGCACUUCGCAGCUCCUGCGGUCGCACUGAGAAAACCCCAGAAAUGGACGCAGUGCUGGAACCAAAGAGCAGCACCAACACCUCAGGCGAAGCGAGGUUUUAUCAACCUGGCCAACAAGAGGAAGCAGUACUCUGAGCGCAGGAUUAUGGGGUACUCCAUGCAGGAGAUGUACGACGUAGUAGCGAAUGUAGAUGAUUACAAGCACUUCGUUCCAUGGUGUAAGAAGUCCGUCACGAUCUUGAAGAGGGCCGGCCACACCAAAGCUCAGCUGGAGGUGGGAUUCCCUCCUGUGGUGGAGAGAUACACGUCCAUGAUCACCAACGUUCGCCCUCAUCUGGUUCAAGCGGUUUGUUCGGACGGGAAACUCUUCAACCACUUGGAGACGAUAUGGCGGUUCAGUCCAGGCAUUCCCGGAUAUCCAAGAACGUGCACGGUGGAUUUUUCGAUCUCGUUCGAGUUCCGCUCGGUCCUGCACUCCCGGUUAGCCACCGUGUUCUUCGACGAGGUGGUGAAGCAGAUGGUGGCGGCGUUCGAGACCCGAGCCGGGAAGCUGUACGGUCCCGAAACCCGAAUCCCCCGAGAACUGAUGUUCCACGAGGUACAUCAGACGUGAACCCGCAGCGCCUGCGUGUCGUCCUGCCGCCACUGGCGUCGACUGGUGGCCCAACUGGCCGCUGUUCUGCUUUCCCAUGAAGUGUGAUAUUUAUAUUUAUUUAUGAAUUUCAUUAUUAUGAAAUGGCACUGUAAAAGCACGACGUGUGAGGAACAAAUUACUUACGGGGCUUUUAGUCUGUUUAAUCACUGACAUCUUAAUUAUGUUAUUUGUUGUAAAUGUUGCAUCUUGUGUGUAGCUUAUGUGUUAUGUGUCCAAUGCUGUCAUUAGAGUGCAAUAAGUAAAUCUAUAUAAAUAUAAAAUUAAAGUGGGCGCUAAAGUCCGCGCACUACAGGUGGAAUCCAGGGUUCGAAUCCCCAGCCAUGCUAUCGGCCUGUCUGGUGUACCUAUACAGUCACGACUGGAUAAGACAUUAGCGUCCUGUCCGACCCAACCCAGAGACCAGGAUAAAGCUAUGAUAAAACGUGGUAAAAUUAAUAAUAUCUGAUGGAAAUAUUACUUUAAAACUAAUUAACAGUGGUUUAAUGAGCUAGCGCACCACUGCCAUGUGUGAGGGAGGGAAAAGUCAGUAUAUAGAUAGAUAUAGAUAUCAGCAGAGCGGUAGAGAGAACAGAGUGGCGACACUCCCAUAGGGAACCGUUGGAAAGGGGGCGGGACAUAUUUUCUGUGCAGCUUCCGGGUUGUGGAGCUCUGUAUAGUUCCAAACAACCCAUAGAGCCCCAUUCAUUUUCACUACUUAUCAAGCAUUUUUAGCUGUUUGUUGCUUUGUUUUAAAAAAAUAAUGAAUUUGAUGUCAUUAAUAUACUUAAUACUGUUAUUGUUUAGCAUUUGCUCAGCACUAAAUGUUACAUGUUUAUCUUAAUUAAUAGGUAUAACUGAAUUUAGCUUAGUCAGUUAAGCUAAAUUAUUGACACUAGAGUCUUUUCACCUAAAAUGGAUUAAUUAAAAGUUGAUUAAUCAAGAGUCUUGUUACAGAAAUGAUAAUAAAACAUCAGAGCCAUAAUAAAUCAUGCUACUUUUACUUUCAUUCUUAAGUACAUUUGAAGGUAAAUUUAGUUUAGUACUUUAGUGGAGGUAAAGAGUAUUUUACUUUUAUUACUACUUUUACUGGAGUAAUAUUUCACCUUGGAUAUCUCUACUUUAACUCAGCUACAUGGUUUGUGUACCUUGUCCACCACUUACAUUAGACAAAAUGAACUAGUGCAUAUUAAUUAUGAAUUAAUUCAUGUAUUACAUGUAGAAAUAAAUUAUUACUUACUCAUGAAAUAAGACGUGAAUUAAUGCUAUUUCAUGUACCUGCACUAUAAUGUUAAAGGUAUUGGUACGGUAGUGUGUUUAUGAAUCUGUUCAUUCAGUGCAGGUAAACCUUAUGAAUCCAGCCACAUGGCUUAGUGUUUAACCAAAAUGAUUAUUAUUAUGAAUCCUCAGGAAAGUGAAGGGAGAUUAGUUUAUGUAAAAAACAAAACAUAAAAAACUGUCUAAUCUCUGUACUGUAUAUUGUCUCUACUACUUAAUGAUAUCGCAUUAUGUAAUGUAUGCUAAUAUAAUGUACUGUGUGUUAACAAGAACGACCUAUUAAGUCAUUAUAAACAUCAAUCUUCCACUUCAUAUACCAAAUUGAUAUUAAAGCAGAUGCAGUAAAUGUAAAGGCAGGUGAAAAUACCCAGAAAUUGUACAAAUGUUUAUUAUUUAAUGUUUAAUAUUUCAUUCACUGCUGCCUGUCCCAUAGGAGAACAUGACAGCGCCGGGUUUGUUUGGAACUAUCGGAGGGUUACAUGAACCACGUGACCGCGUAGCGGCGAGAUCAAGGAGUGUCGCAACUCUCUCUAUCUACGGCUCUGGAUAUCAGUAUAGCUACAACAACUCACUCACUUUCUUUACCGCUUAUCCAAUCAGGGUUGCGGGGGGGUGCUGGAGCCUGUCCCAGCUUAUUAAUGGGCGCAAGGCACACAGUAACGCCCUGGAUGGGGCGCCAGUCCAUUGCAGGGCACACACACCCAUUCACCUGUAGGGCAAUUCAGUGUCUCCAAUUAACCUGACUGCAUGUUUUUGGACUGUGGGAGGAAACAGAUACGGAGAGAACAUGCAAACUCCACACAGAAAGGACCCGGAUCUCGCACCACCUGGGGAUCGAACCCAGGACCUUCUUGCUGUAAGGCGACAGUGCUACCCACCGAGCCGCCAGCUACAGAAACUGAAUCUGUGUAGUUUUACCAUCUAUAAUCUAUAAUCAGUCAAAAGUUAAAAAAUCAGGACACGUUAUUUUUAAAUCAGUGGUUGUGAAAAUACGUUUAUCAAAAACAGGUGAUGAAAGAUUGUACAGAAAUCUGAUCACAAAACUCAAGCCUUAAAUAACAAGCAGUAAAAAAUGAAGCAAAAUGAAACUGACAGUAGAAAAUCUUUAUGAAUAAUAAGCUAAUAAUAAUUAGCUAAUAAGCUAAUAGCACCGACGACUCGAGCCAGACAGACACUGCACCUACCGUACGGAAUGUUCGUCUAAUGUAAACAACAGCCCGCUACAUGAGCUUUUUUUAUUUUUCGAAUUCGGUUUCGAAAACACCUCAGAAACAGUCCAAUCUAAAAUCUGAUCCUGAUUUCUGAAAUCUGAUGCCGUGUUCAGCUGCGCCUUCAGUCGUCGUCGUUACAGUUCAUCGUGCGGGAUCUUCAGCGCGUGGUCGCACAGAUCUGCAAACAAAAUCGACAAGAAAGUGAUUUAUUCCUUGUCCACCCGUAAUUCCAUUCAUCACAGAAACACAACAUGUUUCAUGGUGCUGACUUGGUGUAGGAACACAUUUUACCAAAACAAGAGGGGGGGGGCUAAUACUUUUACACAACACUGUAUCUACUGUAUAUUUGUCACACGUGAAUGAUUUAGGAUCAAUAAACAAUCUUCAGAACUAUUUAAA